AUGUCUGCUUGCAAAGGCGGCGCUUCCGAAGGAGGCAUGACAUUACGCUCGUCGGGCGGCCCUCGCGAGCGUGUCGGUAUGCAACGCCAAGCUAUUGUAAGUAGUAAGAUUGAUUUGACAGAACGUUCUGGCGAGAGUUGUGUGGACAAAUGGCCCCUCUCCAGGGAGACGGCAGCCGCAGGAGAUGUGGCAAGCUUUUCGGCUCCCACCACAUUUACGGGUCUGUUCUCUCGGCUACUUUCCGUUAUUGGCUUGUCCCUGACUCUGUUCUCCGUUGGAACUUUGCUCUUUAUUGGUGGUUUCUUCCUGUCGAGAGAUGAUUUGCCAUUCAUCAGCAACGGACGAGCAAUACCAUUCCCGCCGCUGUUUCCCCACUUAGACCCGGCGCAACUUCAACUAAAUAAAGAAGAGGGCAUAUACUAUGCGGAUAACAGUAGUCCAGGGGCCCCGCGUGGCUCUGGCGAGCAUGGAGACACUGAAGGUGCCCCUAGACCUUUGUAUUUGGAGCAAUUUACAGACCCAAAGCUCGUUUCAGUUUCUUCUGAGCCCGGUUACUGCCAGACUGAACACUGUUCAUCCUCUUGGCUGUCCGUAACCCCUUACGACCGCGUCGUCAUUUUUCUAAUUGAUGCGAUGCGCUUUGACUUUCUUCUCUGGGACCCCGAUGCCUCCAAUGCUUGUGAGGACAACGCCACCAAGGAGUGUCUCGCCGCGCCUUCUGGCCUACGGCCCUUCUACCGAAAUCGCAUGCCUUUUGCGCAUGACCUUCUCCGCCGAUCCGAUGCAGAUCUUCAGAAAUUCCUGUUAAGCCUGAUGGAUGGCAAGGAAACGCCUCCAGGCAUAGGAAAUAGCACAACUUUAGCACAGGAGGAUCUGAGUACACUUGAAACCAAGUUGCCACCAGAUGCCUCAGGGUCGCAGGGGAGGUCUGCUGGGUUGCCCUCCAUUGAUAACUGGGGAGGAAACCGCUUCACUCGACUCUACAUCUUCGAAGCAGAUCCGCCUACCGCCACUACGCAGCGUCUGACUGGCCUCGCCACAGGAAGCAUGCCAAGCUUUUUCAGCGUGAGCCUUAACGGAAUUCCGACACGUCCGUUGCUUAAGGGACGGGAUGCGUCGUUUGAAGCGUGCCUUAGGAGGUUGGGCAUUGGUAUUGUUGUAGAUGACCAGUACACCAUGCGGCCCCCACCACUGUCCGCAGUUUGGGGUGUUCGGGAGACGUUCUCUGCGUCGGCAGUAGACGUAGAUAGCUUGCUGCUGCAGCUGAAGGCAGCAAACAAGACCUCUGUCGCUAUCGGCGAUGAUACGUGGGAUCAUUCCUUCGGUCACCUCUUAACCCGGCUACACGUAUUCCCGUCGUUGAAUAUCCAGGAUUUGCACACAGUAGAUGAUGGGGUCGCCGCUGAACUUCCACGGGAAUUUGCAAAGGGCGACUGGACCUUUCUUGUCGGCCACGUUCUUGGCGUCGAUCAUGUGGGCCAUGCAGCAGUCCUUGAUUCCAAUUUUAUGCAUAAAAAGCUGAAAGAAAUGAAUGGCAUGCUAAAGAACUUACUCAAAUUGAUGCUUAAGCACAACUCAAAUGCAGUGUCUACCAGGCCCACUCAGACGCUUUUUCUUGUAUUUGGGGACCACGGAAUGACUGAAGCAGGCUCUCACGGUGGUGGUAGCAGCGAGGAAGUCGAGGCUGGUCUCUUGUCGUUCUCGACGCUACCGGCGAUGCUACGUCCCCGUACUGCGCAGAUGCUUUCUCCGGGUACACGUCUUUUCAGAGGCCGUCUGCCGACAUACUUGCAGAGUCACGGCGCCUUUCGGGACAGCAGUGGGCGUCGGAGGGUUGGGCCGGGAUCGGCACUUGCUGCCGGCUCCCCCACAGCAGCACUGGGCUACGGAUCGCGUCGUGUACGGCAGGUGGGCCUGGCGCCGACGUUGUCUCUACUUCUUGGACUUCCUAUUCCAUUCAAUUCUAUGGGAAGAAUCAUAGAAGAUCUCGUCCCGAGGAUUGCAAGUUUUGUGCAGGAGUGCGCUCCAGAGGCUCCAGGGGCAUCUCUGGACACCUUCAAGUGCGAUGCGAAGGAUGACCAGCGGUGCACCUUGACGGAAAGUGAAGACACUGCAGUUGCAAGGACAGUGCGCUGUAGUGAUCUGGCGUACCUGACACAGUUACAUCACAUCGCAUCGUGGCAGCAACACCGAGCUAUCAUGACCCACGCAGCGCUAACAGGAAAUAGGGCGGUGCUUUCAGAUCCUCAAUUUGCAGCAGCGAAGGUUAAAUGGCUCAGAUUGUACUCUGAACUCGACAAGGAGAUAAAGUCCUUGCCGCCAGCAGCGCAUGUACCCCUGACUUCAGGUUCCUCGUCGUCUACCUUCAGCCGCAGGGAGUUUGACACUACUAUCUCGUUGCCCACUGCUGAUUUUGAGGCUGCGGAUGCCGAGCUGCUUUCACAGAUUUCGCGGUCCUCUCAGUCCCCUGCCGAUGGCCUUGAAAGUGACGAUGGAGAUUCACGCCUAGGGACUACCAAAGGAGUGGCUGCAGGUGCUGCGUCUGUCUUACCGUCUCUAGUCCCUUACCUGAGGGCGUCUGCUGAAUUUUCGCAGGAGGCAUGGCAGGCUAGUGUCCGCCAGCUGUGCACUUUUAAUAUCAUGUUGAUGCUUUGCGGGAUCUUCAUGGCCCUUAGUAGUCUUAUCAUUUUGGGGCUGGCUGUCUGGGCCUUACGUAACCCUUUUAGUGGCUGCACAAGCCCGACCCCUGCAGCGCGGAUUGCGUGUAACCUUCCAGAGUCAGCCACUAUUGCCCGGUGGCUAUUCAUAAGUGCGUCAAUUUCAGGAGGGACCUGGGCAACAGGAUGGGCUCUGCUGAAAAUAUUUAGCUCCGUAAUGGGAGAUUGGGCGUCUGUAUUGGACGUAUUCUUGUGGCGCCAGCUCCCCGCUCUUUGCCUAACUGGCGCCUUGUGCUCGGUGGUUGUACCUUUCGCCCGGAGCACUCUGUCUCUCCACCCAAGCUCUGCACAACGGGACCUUCCUUGUGGCUCACGUCAGGGAGAAGAUAAGUCUCUUGCUUCUGCAUGGGGGAUUCGCGACCUAGUGCAGCAGCAUAUUUGUCAUUCCCGCCUGUGGCUGGCCCUCUUCGGCGGUGGGAGGUUGCCGUGCUAUGCUGCAUUGCUCGCAGUGUGCCUUGUACCCUUUAAUAACUGCUACGUUGAAAGGGAAUGCUCCGUUGUCAAGUUUCUCAUCAGCACCUUUUGCAUUUUGGCGGGCCUCACUGUCUUUGCUACGCCAUCAGCCGAAAGAGAGAAGAAGCAAAUAAUUGCUGCGUGUGGAGGACUUGCUGCCUGCGUUCGCAUUGGGAGCGCUUUUGAUCCGUUUGCGCGUUCUGCGGAGAAGGGGGGGGCAAGCGGCUGGCCCUUGCAGAUUGACUCCGCCAGCGCCAGUGCCUUCCUCAUGCUCUGCAUUUAUUGCGUUGUCGGAAUGGGGGAGUUACCGCUUAUCGCACGGCUGUUUGGGAGUGGAAAGGGUGGCAGUUCCGGCGGAUCUGCAAAUAAUUCCAGGUUUCGGAUUGCAAGCUUCCACCCGCUGAGAGGCCUGAAGGGGGCCAGGCCGUGCACACUCGAACGGGACAUCUUUCUUGUCCAGGGGGCCAUUGCGGUGCUAUGGUUUGCCUUUCCUCACGACUCGAAGUCGCCACAGCCGGCGUCGCAAGCUUCACAGCACAAUCGAGAAGGACAUAGCGCUCCUAUCUACGAUGUGUUUGCGUUUUUAUGGUCGGCCAUUGUCUUUCCGUUUAAAGUCCUCGACGCUUCGGGUGCUACUUUCAUUGGAUGGCUCACGCCACGGGAACCAUGGCUAUUCACCGCGCCACGUUGUUUGCUGGGGGUUCUCCCCUCCCAGCUUCUGGAUGAUGGGCAAGUCAAGUUGGUGCCUCUUCUGAAUGCUCUCUUGCCUUGGGUAAUCUACUUGUUCACUGCAGGGCUCUGGAUGCGCCUGGUGCUGAUUCUCUGUCGCAUGAAAAUGCGCGAAAACGACAUUAGUAGGCAACAGCUGCGCAUUGCGAAAGAGGAAUUAAUAGCAUUGGGAGAGGGGUUCAAGGCCAGCUUACAUGCAGAUGGUCCAUCCCAACAGAAUGUGCAAAGGAAGGAAAGAGGUGUUACUCUGUGGAGCAUAGAACUAUGGGAAUACUUUGCACACUACUUCUUCCUUACAGCGGUAUGUCCACUUUGCAUGUUCGCUGUUCUCCUUGGGAGGGUACAGUUGUGGCCCCUUCUGCUUUCGUGUAUAAAGUGGCGGCUGCUGCUUUUCCUGGGACGAGUGCUGGUCGUGGAGCGCCGCCAGAUGUGCAACUGCAGUUUUUGCCGCGCGAGACGGACAUCUCCAGCAGAUCGUGAUGCAUAUGACAUUGGCUACCCUAAGGCAAUAUGGGACGCCGGCGGAUACUUCAGCAAACAGGAGCACCGAAUGCACUUCUUCCUGUCCGACAGCAGCUUCUGCAUGAUGGCUUCGCUACUGGCGCUGGACACAUUUUUCGUGACAGGACACCGAACGAAGUUAAGCGCGCUUCCGGUUGAAGCUGGCUUUGUGGGAUUGUUGGAGUUUCAUCCCUUGUGGUCAUUUGUAACGUCGUUCUUGCACACGAUUCUUAUGGGUGUCACCUUUAAACACGUCUGCUCUCUACUGUCUCUGAUACUUCUCCGACAAAGUCUUUUUAUAUGGGAUCUGUUCGCCGUCAAGUUCUUGUACGAUACAACAGCGGCAUGCCUUAUGUACGUACUCAUCCUUCUGACCCUUUUCAUUGUCGGCAUCGGCGCGCAACGGGCUAUAAAAGUGAUGCUGGUCACGUGA